CAGGCGAUGCAACGGAGUUUUGCUGAGGUCUUACAAUGCAGCUCAGCCCAGGUUUGCCUGUGCCGGGCAUGCGUCCCACCAUGCCGGGCGUGCCUGUGGUGAGCUUGGGUGGCCUGCCACCACCAAUCCAGGGCCUUCCCCCACUGGGUGCACUGCCUGGGGCUCUUCCGCCACUGCCAGUGCUGCAGGCAGGCCUCGUUCGGCCACCAGUGAGGUCUGGUGCUGUGCCGCCUGCCGCGCCAGCGGCUGCAAACGCUGCAAGCGCUGCACCGGUGGAGGGGUCCACGCCCAAAGCGCCUCCCGCGGCGCCAUCUGUGGCGUCCAACAACGUGCAGCCGCUAGGGCAGCCCUGCACGGUCUACGUAGGUCGCAUCUCAGCCGAGGUCUCCGACGAUUUCGUCAGACAAGUGCUGGAGAAGUGCGGCAAGGUCAGCAAGUGGAAUCGUGCUGCUGACCCCAAUACUUCCAAGCUGACCUCCUUUGGUUUUUGUGACUUCGAGGAGCCGCAGGCGGUCUGGCGAGCAUUAGAAUUCUUGCAUGAGAAGCAGCUUUGUGAGAAGAAGCUGUUAGUGAAGUGCGAGGAGAAGGCCAAGCAGACCAUCGAUGCUUGGAAGGAGACGCGGCGGGAGGAGAUCCAAAAGAGCAAGUCUUUGGAGGCAAAGCCGUCCGACACCGAACUCUUAGAAGAGUUGCAAAAAGAGAGCGAGUCCGUGGCAAAAUCCAUCGCGACGAUGCUCGAGACGAAGAACAAAGAUUUCCCGGAGGUGAAGGAUGGAGAAGAUGCGAAGACCAAAGAGGAGGAGGAAAAGGCUGCAAAGGAAGCUUUAGAGAAGGAGAAGCAGAACAAAGAAGCGGCUCAAGCCGAAAAAAAGGACGGUGGAGAAAAGGAGAAAGAAAAGGAGAAAGAAAAGGAGAAAGAGGAGGAAAAGGACAAGGAAAAAGAAAGAGAAGAGCGAGGCCGGUCAGAGGCCGAGAGGAAGAGAAAGCGGGAUGAAGAACGAGAGGAGCGAGAAAAGGCCGUCUCUCGACACUACCGCGCAAGUCGAAGAGAACGGGAUCGCGAGCAUCGGGUCCGAGACCGAGAGCGAGAUAUCGAGAAGGAGUAUAGUUAUCGCCUACGUGAGUUUGAACGUAGCGAGGACAAACGGAUCCGAAACUUGAAGCAGGACUUCCGAGAUUUGGAGCCUGCAUCCGAAGCCACGGAUCGAGAAAAGCGGAAGUUCGCGGACCGCGACCUGGACUUCCGAGACUCGGAUGUCAAGGAAUGGAAGCGACGACGCGAGGACCGAGAAAAAGAUCGGAAACGCGAACAGGAGAAGGAUGCCGCGGAUCGCGUCGCCCAGAAGGAGGAGGCUGAAGAGGCCAAGAGAAAGAAGAAGGAGGAUGAAGAAAGAAAGAUCCGAGAGAAGAAGGAAGCCGAAGAACAGGCUCGAAAAGAAGCGGAGGAGGCUGAGAGGAAGAAGCAGGAGGAAGAAAAGAAAAAGCAGGAAGAAGCCGAGAGAAAAGCUCGCGAGGAGCGGGAGGCGAAGGAGAAGGAAGAAAGAGAUGCUAAGGCCCAGGAGCAGAAGAAGCAGCAGCAGGACGCAGCGGCCAAGUUGCUCCAAUCCGUGCAGGCCGAAAUCAUGAGCACGCCAGCGCGGUCGAUGUUGAUGGAGCUUGGCCUUGUUGAAGCCCAACAUUCAGACCCCGAUAUUGCGUGGUGUAGGCUUGAAGGAUAUUUCCCACUGACGUACAAUGAUGUGAGUCACUGGCAUGAGUUUCUUCACUUCUGGUUCAACGAGUCCGCCUUAAUGUGGGGACCCAAUGCCAGACACCGGAUCCCGGAACCCAAGAGCCGGCGCGGCCACGCCCGCCUUCGCAUCAAGCGGCGCUUGGCGCAUCGGCUCAGCACCGCAGAUCUGUAUUUGGUGCAUCACGAGCUCCAGGAAGAGGCGUGGAAGGACCCCUACGCCAAGGGGGGUUGGGAGGCACCAAACAGUGGUGACGCGGCAGAUGUCAGCGUUGUCGGGGCGUGCCUUGAUGAGAGGUUUGUGGAUGAAGAAAACAGGCCCAAGACGAGCGUUCCGUGGAAGAAGAUGAAGAAGUAG